AUGUACUUCUCCCUGCCACUUUUCGCGGCCCUGGUGCCCCGCGCUCUUUCCUUCGUCAUCCUUCCUGAGGCCGAGAUCUUUGCUGAGUUGCCAGCCAACGUGCCCCUUCGAUCUACAGUCCACGAACGCCCAAGCUUGAAGAACGCUGAAAAAGAUGACACACCACUGCCCGUCGUCAUCUGGCAUGGUUUGGGCGACUCAGCUGACGCGGACGGUAUCAAAGACGUGAUGUCCCUAAUAGACGAGAUUCACCCUGGCACAUACACCCAAGCGAUCUCACUCGGCAAGUCGGCAGGCUCCGCAGAUAGGUCCGCCUCGUUCUUCGGCAACGUCACCGAGCAGGUCGAGCACGUAUGUCAAGAGCUAGCAAAGGACAACAUCCUGCGCACCGCGCCCGCAAUCGAUGCCGUCGGCUUCAGCCAGGGAGGGCAGUUCCUACGUGGCUACAUUGAGAGGUGUGGUCACUGGGCGCCGCCCGUGCGAAGUCUGAUCACAUUCGGAAGCCAGCACAACGGUAUUGUCGAGUUCCAGUCGUGCAAGACGACGGACUGGAUCUGCCAUAGUGCGAAUGCGCUGUUGCAGAGCAGCACUGUGUGGAGCUCGUUCAUUCAGUCUAGAUUGGUGCCCGCGCAGUAUUACAGGCCAGGCGGCGAUAUGGAGAACUAUCUCGAAUACUCGAACUUCCUCGCGGAUAUCAAUAAUGAGCGGAAGGUGAAGAACGCGACGUACAAGGAGAAUCUCGCGAAGCUCGCCAAAUUCGUCAUGGUCGUCUUCAAGGAUGAUCAGACCGUCAUUCCGAAGGAGUCGGGCUGGUUUGCAGAGGUCAAUCAUACGGAGACGGAUGCAGAGAAGCGUGUGACCCGACUGCAGGAUCGCCAGAUCUACGAGGAAGACUGGAUCGGUCUAAAGCAGCUGGACAAGAAGGGCGGGCUUGUCUUCGAGGAGGUUGCUGGUGAGCAUAUGCAGCUGAAGGACAAGGACCUCAGGCGGUUGUUCAGCAAUGUAGUGACCGAGGAACAGCCUGUACAUCGGAAGCGGGGGCUACAUAUCAGUUGCUACGCCGAAGAGGAUCACCUGGGUGCCUACGCCUUCCGUACUAUCCUACGCUACACCACAGACAUCACUCGCAAAGCCAUCUCCAGCAAGCUCGACAGCCAAAGCAUGUUCCCUCCCUCGACCCCAACGGCCCACGCCACAUGGUCCCGCGCCAACUACCUCAUCUCCACAGACCCAUCCCUCGUCGACAUGGAAGCCCUCAACGCCGCCUUCGACUCCGACUUCCUCUACUGGGCCAAACCCCUGCCUCGGGACGUCAUACGUACCAUGCUCGACAACGGACUGAGCUUUGGACUUUACGACACCUCUACACCAUCCGAGAAUGAAGCCACCAGCGCAGACAUCAAGACUGAAUCCACCCGGCCUGGCCCUCUGAUAGCUUCGCCCGCCUGA